GCACCCCGUUUUGCGGAGAAGCCUGUCUGUUCACCAAGUCUAUAAAGUGACCCACUCCCCGGAUCUCGUUGUCGAUCGCUUCCAACGGUUGUGCAAUCUCAAUCAUAACCCUAAGCGUGGAGUCCUUCACUAACAAAAUGGCGGACGAUAAAGAAAACAUGGGGGCUGUCACUCACCAGCUGAGCGGUGUUGACGAGGACAUGCGCAAGGGCGGUGAUGUACAGGAGAAGACUGUUGCCUCGGUGGCACUUGCUGCUGCUCUUGAGGCCUCAAAGCCUAAACUGUUGUCAAAGAACAUGAUUCAACUGUACAUGAUUAUGGGUAUUGGCUACCUCGUAUCCACCAUGAACGGCUUCGACUCGUCUCUCAUGGGCGCCAUCAACGCCAUGAAGCCAUACCAGAACACCUUCGGCCUGUCUGGGGAGGGUUCCAGCGCUGGUAUCAUUUUCAUCAUCUACAAUUUAGGACAGAUUGCAGCUUUCCCCUUCUGCGGAUUCCUCGCUGAUGGCUACGGUCGACGCAUAUGCAUCUUCGUCGGCUGCUUGCUCGUCCUGGUUGGAACCGCUGUUCAGGCUACUGCACAUGGCAGAGAUCACUUCAUUGGUGGCCGCUUCCUUCUUGGUUUUGGUGCGUCGAUCGCCUCUGCUGCUGGACCUGCCUACACCGUUGAGCUCGCCCAUCCUGCCUACCGAGGCACUAUGGCUGGCAUGUACAACAACUUCUGGUGGUUCGGCAAUAUUCUCGCUGGAUGGACGACCUACGGAACCAACAAGAACUUCGAUAGCUCAUGGGCGUGGAGACUCCCAACGGUCGUACAGUGUUUCAUCCCAGGACUCGUCAUGUGCUGCAUAAUGUUUUUACCAGAAACACCUCGCUGGCUUCUUGCGAAGGACAGGCGCGAGGAGGCUGUCGCAAUUAUGGCCAAGUACCACGGCGACGGCGACGAGAACCACCCACUUGUUCAGCUCCAACUGCGUGAGAUCACUGAGGACUUCUCUGUCACACGUAACGACAACCCAUGGUGGGACUUCCGUGAGCUGUACAACACCAAGGCCGCCCGUUACCGAAUGAUGAUGGUCAUUGCGAUGGCUUUCUUCGGACAAUGGUCCGGAAACAACGUUGUAUCCUACUUCAUGCCCGUCAUGGUGAAGAACGCCGGUAUCACCGACCCUGAUAAGCAGUUGCUGAUCAACGCCAUCAACCCCAUCUUCAGUAUGCUUGGCGCUAUCUACGGAGCCACCCUUCUCGACAGGCUUGGCCGUCGCAAGAUGUUGCUUGGUGGUCUGGCCGGCGCGCUAUUCUUCUACAUCCUACUGACCGCCUUCACUGCGACGGCAAAGCCCACCAACAACCUUGCAUACGGCACUAUCGUCUCCAUCUAUUGCUUCGGUAUUAUCUUCGCCUGGGGAUGGACACCACUACAGACCCUGUACGCCGUAGAGUGUCUCGAGAACAGGACUCGAGCAAAGGGAUCCGGUGCCAACUUCCUCUUCCUCAACAUUGCCAUGGUCGUCAACACAUACGGUAUCUCCGUCGGUAUGGAGAAGAUCGGUUGGAAACUGUACUUAGUGUACAUUGCUUGGAUCUGCGUUGAGAUGGCUUUCAUCUUCUUCUUCUUCGUUGAGACUGCUGGAAAGACGCUUGAGGAGCUCAAGGAGAUCUUCGAAGCGCCCAACCCACGCAAGGCUUCGCUCAAGCGUAGUAAGAUCGAAGUUGCUGGUGGUCAGGUUCACAAUGUCACCGAUAUGUAAACUGGAUGGCGCGCCACGAAACCUUGGAAGAGUAUCCAUACUGCGCAAUACGGGGCUUUUAGGCUCAAUCCGAUCAUCAUAUUAGCUGUUAGUGGUAACUAAUACGAACUACGUCCAAAUCG